GUGAAACUAAAAUAAUUUCAAAUAUAUUUAUUUAUCACAGCCCAGAUUUUACAGCUGUGAGCUGUCUAUUAUUUUUUGGCCGUUGUGUACGGUCACAAUUUCACAAGAAGUAAACAUACACACACAAAGAGAUAGUGAAAUUUAUUUAUCUAUUUAUGUAGAAUCAAAAUAUUGUUGUUUAUUAUUUGUUAGAACGAGUGUGUGAGUUAGCAAGUAGUCUGUUAUGCAAUGUCUGUGUCUCUUUGCGUCUUGAGAUUCGAACUAACAGAAGACGAUACACAAGCGCAACAGCAAACGUUAACCAAUUGGGGUAGGUAUACCUACAUUUACAUAAAUACUUAUUACCUUCAUCGGAUUGAAUCAUUUGCAUGGAAUUCUAACAAACUUAAAUCUAGAGUAUAUAAUACAAUUGUGGUAAUUAACGAGCCAUAGAUAGUAGAGUGAUUUGUUUUAUUUAUAAUUUGUUGAUCGGAAAUUAUAUUUAUCUACAGUUUGACCUUAUGUAUAGCAUAAGUUUAAGGAUCUCCAGAGGGAUAUUUUGAGAAGCGAAGAAGAAAUAUGAAACAAAUGCAGAUUACCUUCAGUGAUUUUAUUUUAGUAUUUUUUAUUUUUCAAAAAUGUUUAUUAAGAUUUUGUAUUCUAAAAUAUUUGAAAUAAAAAUGUCGCUCUUUUUAUUUUGGAAUUUACUAUAGCGAUUUCAAGACAGUUUUCACCGUACAUAAUAUGCUUAACAAACAAUUAUGGAUAUGGAGGCAGUAAUAUAUAAUCUGUUGGGCAAAUAAUCUGCUCUUUUAACCUGAUACUUCUACAAGAAGAAUAAUGUCCCGAAUAAUAUAAUAAGUGUAAACCUAAACCUCACUACAUGAGACCGGACUUGGAUCACCUUGCAAGUUUAUGUCAAAAAUUUUAAUUUAAAAUAAAACCUGAUUUAUAAUGCGAAACCACGUAGGGUAAAAUCGCUAUUUUUAUGAAUGUACUAAUUUUAAUAUCAUAAAAUAUAAUAUAAUGAUAACUAUCAAAUUGAAAAAAGAGUGACAAUUUGUUCAAUCAUUUUUUAGUUCAGUACAUUAGAACACAUUUUGGAUAAAAAAAAAAUAAAUUAAAAACUAGCACUAGAGCUAACCUGCAUUUAUGUUGUUUCUCUUCAUAAUACUUCUUAUUAUAAACAUAGAUAUAUUAAAUUUACAUUUAUUAUCAAUCAAAUAGCCGAUUGCCAGUUUUUAACCCAUCUCUUACUAAAAUUCUUAUCCAUACCUAGUAAUGGGUAUUACGAAUCUUAAACACAGAAGUCAUAUAUUAUAUAUUAUAUUAUGCUGUAUAAAGCUAGAUUUAACUUAAAAAUGUAUUAACACAAUUUUACUAUCAUAUGAAUGAAAUGAAUAUUUAUUAUGAAUGAAAUUUAUGCUUUUAGAUAAAAGGAAAAUCAUGUCUUGUCGAGGACGUCGUAAAUCUAGAGAGUUAACAGUAGAAACAUAUAGUCGUGUUGAUGCUACAACACCCAUCGAACCAGUGAUCGAUGAAAAUUUAAAAAAAGUAGAAUUUCUUAAGAAGUCAAAUACUAAAACAAUAAGUUCUAAGGGAUUAAAGAAAAAAAAUAAAAAUAAAAGAAAUCAUGGUGAAAAUGUGUUAAAUCCUGCAGAACAAAUUAACUUUAUUUCAGGAAAUCCAUUUGUUGAAGUAACUAAAGGAGUUCUACAUAUUUAUAAAGAAAAGUGAGAAUUUAAAUAAAUUUAGUAAUUUAAUUUCUAAUGUUUUUAACAUAUUAUAUUUAAGCGUGGCUAUACAUUGUAGUCUAUGACUAUUUAAUUCUAUAGCAUUUUUAUAGUUUUUAUAUCUCUAAUAAAAAUUAUUUACCUAUACACUUUUAUAGCAAAUUGACACCGGUAGAGAAUGCAAGUAGUCAUAGUCAAAUGAUAUGUAUUUUGUCUGUACCUUCAAAUAUGAAUUGCCAUGACUUACUUACUUUUAUUGCUGCUUGCCAAGAGAAUAUUCAUCACAUACGUAUAAUACGAGAUGCUGCAUCUCUUAAUCAGUACAUGACUCUUAUUUCAUUCAGAACCCAAGUAAGCCUAAUCUUUAUGUACUAGAUAAUAGUGAAAAUAAACAGCAUGGAUUUAAAAAAUAAUAAUUAGGAAGCAACUAUGGAUUUCUUUCAUUCAUUCAAUGGUAUGCCAUUCAAUUCAUUGGAACCAGAUUGUUGUUGCAAUUUGGUUUUUGUAUCUAAAGUUGAAGUAAUGAAAGAAUAUGAACCAGGAUCCAGUGCGCCUCCUUCUCAGCAUACUGAACUUCCGGUGUGCGCUGUUUGUUUAGAACGUAUGGAUGAAUCAGUUGAUGGUAUUUUAACUAUACUUUGUAAUCAUUCAUUUCAUGGGAAUUGCUUGACCAAAUGGGGUGAUACUAGGUAAUGCAAAAAAUAUAUUAAACAUUUGUUAUUACAAGAUUAAGUAAAUUUGAUUUUCAUUUAAGUUGUCCAGUAUGCCGAUAUGUUCAAACGCCUGAACCAAUUCAAGACAACCAAUGCCAAGAGUGUCAUUCUUCCGAAUCGUUAUGGAUAUGUUUGAUUUGUGGUUAUGUUGGAUGUGGUCGUUAUGUUCAAGGUCAUGCCUAUAAGUAAUUAUUUGGAAUUUAUAUAUUAUUAAUUAAUAACAUUCAAAUUUGUUAUUAAUACAACUCUUAUUUUAGUCAUUAUUUAGAAACAUCACACUGUUAUUCGAUGAACUUGGGAAACAAUCGUGUUUGGGAUUAUGUUGGUGAUAAUUUUGUUCAUCGUUUGGUUCAAAACAAAGGAGAUGGAAAAUUAGUUGAAGGAAGUUCUCCGGGAAAACUUGAUGUAAACUUAACCUUUUUUUCAUAAAAAACAUUUUACUUUACACAUUCGUUUUAAUUUACUGUCAAAUAUUUUAAUUUAGUAAAUAUUGUUAAAGGAUACAGAUCAAAAGAUAGAAUCAGUUCAACUUGAAUUUACAUACCUGUUGACUACUCAAUUAGAAUCACAAAGGAAGUAUUUUGAAAAUCAAAUGAAGCAUUUUGAAGAAAAUACAUUUAUUGAAGUAAAUUAUUACACAUUUUUGAAAAGUAUGGUGGUAUUAAACUUUUUUAAUAGCACAAAUGAUUGCAUUAAAAAAUUAAAUUUUCAGCCCAGAUUAUACACUAUACUACCUCCUCUUUCUGGCCAUACUACUCUAAGAGUUUUGGCCGUCACUUCAAUAUCUCGCCACUUUUCUCUAUUUUAUACAAUUUCUUGCCAAUCUUCUAUGCUCAUUGCAUUUAGGACUUCUGUCACACCAUUAAUCCACCUUCUUCUUGGACGUCCCCUUGGUUGGUUUCCUACAGGUUUUUAUUCAAGGGCAACCCGUAACUGGUCGUUUUCUUCUCAGGAUAUGGCCUAGCCAUUGGAUGAUUUGACCUUUGAUGAAGCUAGUUACUGGAGCCAAAUUCAUUAUUUCUUGCAGUUCCCUAUAGUAUUUUCUUCGCCAACGUUCCACAUUCAUGUCAAACAUCAGGCUGCAUAUUUUUCGCCAUAUCUUGUUUUCAAAUGGUUUUAGCCUCCUCUUUGUAGUCAUUGUUGUAAUCCGUAUGUCAAUGUGAGUCUUAUGAUUGACACAUAUAAUCUUGUUUUGGACAGUGUUUUGCAGUUAAGACAUUUUGGUAAUGCAUAACAUUUUUUCUACUUUGUUUAUAUGCAUUUAUUUCUUUAGACCAAUCGUUUUUUAUACUCAAAGUUUCUCCUAGGUAUUUGAAUUCCUCCACUUUUUCAAAAGUUAGACCUUCCCUUUGCUGCAGGUCUACAUCUCUAUCUAUUAGUUCCAUUAAAUUUGUCUUGUUUGGUGGCAGACCACCAGUUGGGAACCACCAUAAUAAACAAAUAUAUCUUUUGUGCUUAUGUUAAUGAGGAAAUAUUGUGUGAUGUUCACUUUUUAUAAAUAAAAUAUUUAAAAUGUUUUUUUUUAAAUAUUUUAUAAUUUAUUUAGACAAAUAAAACUGAAGCUAAAUUCAAAAAAGCACUUAAGGAAAAUGAAAAAUUACAGAAAAUCAUUAGUGAUACUUCUAAAGAUACUAUAUUACAACAAAAAAUUGAUGAAAACCAAAAACUCUCAGAACGUUUAAAUACAAUCACUAAAGAAAAAUCAAUUCUGGAAAAGAAGGUAUUUUUUUUAAGUAUUAACUAGUUUUCCUGUAUUUUGUAUUUAUCACCAAGGUAACCCAUUAAUCAAUAAAAAAAAAAAAAUUAGAUUCUACCAAAAAUACCAACAACUCUGUAUAAUCCUUUAAAAUAAAUAUGUAGGAAAAAUAGUCUACAUAUUAUUCUUUAUGUAGAACUAUAUCUAUGCAUAGUUUCUGUUCUACCGUUUAGUAGUUUUGGUAUGAGGGAAUUAGAAUUUUUUGCAUUUAAAAUAUUGAGUAGGAAUAAUUGAACAUUUAACAAUUUAUUUUAUUAUAUGUCAGGGUUAUGUUAAGGGGGGGCAAUCAAUAUAAAACUUGGCAUAAAGUUAACAAUAUCGCUAUUAUUACUAUUGUAACUUAUUUUAAACUCUGUGAGUAAUUAUGAAUAGGUGUUUUUUGGUAAUAGAAAAACAUAAGUACAACCUAUUAAUGUUAAAUAUUCACCUAGAAAAAAAUUCAAGAUUAAGGAAAAAUCUUAUUUGAUGGAGAUAAAAUGUUAAAAUUAUAAAAAUAAAAACAAUACGUUCGGGAGGAAUCAUCCUCGGGUAAUAUCUUAGGGUAGGGCAUUUAAAAAUCAAUGUCCCUGAGUGCAAAAUGGCUUUAUAUGGCUCUAUAUCAUUUUCAAUCAUUAAUAUUUAUUUUUAUAUCAAUUUUAGGUUCAUAAUUUAAAAAAUAAAUUAGAUGAAGAAUGUCAAAUUAACUUGGCAUUACAGAAAAAUCAAAAAGAAUGGCAUUUAAAAUUUUCAAACUUAGAAAAAGAUUUCACCAAUUAUAAAAUAACUAAAGAUCAAGUAAAUAUGUUAAAAUUAUUAAGUAAGAUCUAUUUUCUAAUUAAAUCAUAGACAUAUAAUACUAUAUCAAACUUAAGUUAUUAUUAGUUAUAAAUAUUAUUUAUUAAACUUAUUACUAUACAUUGUACUAUUCUGUAUCUAUGAUUUAAAGAAUAGAAACUAUACUAUUGAUUACUAUAUACUAUUGAUUUUAUAAUUGUUAUGACGGCAACCAUUUACCAUUGUAAUGUUGUUUUUAUUUAAUAAAACAUUUUAUAGGAAAUUGGUGAAUUGAAAGAACAAGUUCGUGAUCUUAUGUUUUUCUUGGAAGCUCAAAAUACAAUUGACAAAAGUGUGAACCGGGAUGAAAUUGUAAAUGGAUCUGUGAUUGUGGAACAGCAAAAUCCAUCUGGUCAAAAAAAGACCCCUAAAAAUAAAAAGCAUAGAUAAUAUGUACAUUUUUUUAAAUGUGUAGAGUUUUUUUUAUUAUUAUUAAUUAUUUUGAGGGAGAGUUCAACUUGUAUUUAUAAUAAACUUUGUGUAAAUUUACAUUUUAUUUUUUCUUAUUAUAAUAUAUAUAGCACACUAAAAAUAUUUUUAUUAUAUUACUUAAACUUAUAGGUGCAAUACAACUUAAUUACCUUAAUUCUUGAUGAUGAUAUUCAAAAUUGUGAUAUACCUACUUAUAAUAAUAAUCAUAAUAAGUGUUUACCAUAUUUUUAACUACACUACAAAUUAAUAUUAAGAUUUAAAACACAGAUUCAAAUAAUUAAUCAUUAAAUAUAAUAUGGACAUGUGUAUUUAACUAUAUAAUGUAUGUAAUUACAUAAGUAUAUUCAUAUUUUAUUAAUUAUUAUACUAUCUGUAGUUCUAUACUAUAUUAUUAAUUUGAAAAUUGUAUAAACAAAAAAAAAAAAUACCUAUUAAUAAUAAUUGCACAUAUUAUGUAUGAAAUAAAUAAUAAAUAUUAUCGAAUUGAUCUUUUUGUAAAAUUUUCUCUCAACAUAAAGACUUGCACUAUAUUGGGUCUGUUAUAUUAAUGAAUUUUGUACAUAAUAUUAAAACAUAAGAAUUAUAACAUAAUAUAAGAAUAAUGUUAUGAUAAUUAAAUCAUAACAUAAGAGUUAUUGAACUUAUCAAAAUAUAAAAAUUCAAAUAUGUGAUUAUUACCAUAUCAAUACCCCGUAACCACCACUGUUAAUUUCUUAUGUUUGCUAUAUUUUGUUGGAAAAUAUAUGUUUGGAACCAUAUUUUUUGGAAAGUAAUUUAUCACAAACUUAUUCUGUUGGAAUUGAAUUUAAGUACAGAUCCCUCCAAAUAAUUCAGAAGUGUGAAAUUGUGUAUAUUAUGAAUGCCAUUAGUAUCAAGGAUGUGCUUUCCGCGAGUUUCACCCUUAAAUUUUAUUUUUUUUCCACGUGUCAGCAAACAAUAUCACCCAAACUUUGAUAAGUUCUAAAAUAAUGAAAACUAACUGUCAAUAUGACCGAAACUAUUUACAUGUAAAAAGUUAGAACAUAUUCAGGCCUGGAUUGAACUGGCCAGCUACCGAGAAAAUCUCAGUGGGUCACUCAAAAUCAUACUUGUUUUUAAUUGAAUUAAUAUCAAUUUGAUCUAUUUUGUAAAACGUUGAGUCGAUAUUUCCCCAGCUGGCACUAAAUAUAUUAUAUUCACUGAAUUUUAAAUGUCACGCGCGAUGGUUUGAAGAUCAAAAGUCCAGAUGUAAAUAACUAUAAAUGUAUAUAAUGUGGAUACAAUCUUUUAGGUACUUACUGAUAAAUGUUUAUAUUAUUAAGUAUAUUAUAUUAUAUGUAACUUAUUAUGUUUAUUUCGGAAAAAAAAAAGUAAAUAAAUACAGAAAAAAAAUGCCGGGUAUACCUUUACCACUUAAACCUAUUAUUACAAGAUGGGGAACAUGGUUAAAUGCGGCACUUUUCUAUGCAAAUAAUUAUGAAAAGUUAUUUCAAAAUGUAAUAGAAAGUUUAACAGAUGAUGUUACAAGUGUCGAAAAUCGGAAACAGCUUGUACAAAAUAAUGCAGUCAUAUGUGGUUUAGCAUUCAUAAAAUUACAAUAAUAAUUUAUUUGCAAAUAUUUAUGAGUUGAAAAUUUAACGCGAUAUUUUGACAUGAAUUCGGUGGCUUAGCAAAGGGAGAAAGGUUUAGAAUUUUUGAUGUUAUUACUCCCCAUUGCAGCUUUUUUUGAGGUAUAGAUAUGGUUAAAAAUGUAGACUUCUAAAAUACCCCCUAACUCCCUUCCCCUAGUUGUUAAAUCCUGGAUACAUCUAUGCCACUGAUAUGGAUAUUUAUAGAUUAUUCAAUGAAUGAAAGAAAUGAAAGAUAUUUUGCAAUCACUUAUUAUUUUGAAAAGUUUUUA